AUGUCUUGCCCGGAUGAGCUAGAGGAAGAAGAUGAUGCGAUCGACGGUGUUGCUGAAUACAAGGAAGCACGUGCAAAGUUCGUGCUGUUUCUCACUACUCAGGCCAGUUUGAUCACACACCAGCCCAAGCCUGACACUCUGGACGACGUUAAGAUCAACCUGGAGAAGCAGAGCAUUGUGCUUCUUAACGAGAUCAUCAGGGCUGCUCUGUACAUGGCCACCGACGCGCCCGAGCACCCCUUUGUCCUGGCAAAGCAAUUUGGGUGGUAUGAUGAGGAGGUUGUGAAAAUAUGCCGUAGCUUGAAGCAGAGGCUUCCCCUUCUGGCCAAGCGGCUGAAGCGCAAUGCAAAGUGUGACAUGUGUGUCAGCUUUUCCUUGCUCAACAUUGUUGAGGACCUGGAGUUCUAA